GAAAUGAUAACUUUUCCAUUUUCUUUGAAUGAAAAAUGAAAUGAUGUCUGCAAAUCUGUUGGACUACUUAAAAGAAUCUUCUCAUACUCCUCAUCGUUCUAUUUUCUUUGACAAGUUUCAAGUUGGUUAUAAAUUGCACUGUUUGGACGAGGUUGUGGUUGAGAAAGAACAGGAUGCUCUUGCCACUGUCACUGCAGUGGAUAUCGAUCGAGCAGAAGGUCGAUAUAUUCUUGCAGGAGAGAGUGAUGGUUCAAUUUAUUUAUAUGACCUAUUUCCUUAUUUUUAUUCGGAGGAGAAGAAUGGUAUUACACUUCCUCGUCUAUGUCAAUCCAGAGAUAGACAAAUGAAUAGACUUGGCAGUGUUUCUUGUUUACGUUGGUAUACUGAAGACAAUGGAAUGUUUUUCUCUCUUCAAUACUUGAUUCAACAAAGUAGAAUUUCCAUUUGGGAUACUAACUUGUUUACUGAGGAACAAGUUAUUGAAUAUCAGGAUAUGCCAAUCUAUCAAUUGACACCUUGUCCUGCAGGUGCUAUGCACUCACUGUUGGCUUUAGGUACGAAUAAAAAGGUAUUGUUAUUAGAUUUAAGAGUUGGUCAAAGAGCAGUUCAGCAAUUGGGAGGUUGGGAUAGUGGAGUUGUUUGCCUAGAAUGGUGUCCUCAGGUCGACUAUUGUUUGGCUACGGGGACUUUGAAUGGCGACUUGAGUUUAAUUGAUUGGAGAAAGCCUAAACAUAAUAAUCGCUUGGUUGUUAUGAAUCCUUAUCGUUCUUCUUGUUCAAAUACGAGUCAACCUGUGCUUAUCCAACCCAUGAAUCAAGGCAUUGAAAGUCUACAAAGAAGACUGAGUUGGUCUCCAUCAUCUACGCUUCAUUUUUGGUCCAAGUCUUGUUAUCAGCAGAUCAUUGGAUGCAAGAGAAAAGAGAAAAUGGAUAAAGUUGUGGAAAUGAAGCCAUUGGAUGGACUAUCGAAGCAAAGUGAAAUGCUCCAACACUCUCAAGAGAUUGCUAGUCAUCGUGCUCAUUCAUGUUCUGUCCAAUCCAUUUGUUUUUUGUGGAAUAGUCGAUAUCUUAGUUCUUUGGAUAGAGAAGGCACUGUUCAAAUAUGGGAUACGUUAACUGGAUGUUUAGAACAUUCGUUAACUUGCAGUUGUCUUCCAAACAAACGCAAAAGGAAAAACGCAUUUCAGUGGAUUUCAUUGGGUUGGGAUAACAAAACUUUGAUAUAUGCUUUGGAUAGAAAUUUGUAUUCCUUUGAUGCUUUUCAUGGGAAUCAUAUAACUACGAUACAAACAAUAGGCAGUGCAAUAACUGCUUUAACUUCCCAUCCUUGGGAACCUUUAUGGAUAUGUGGUUCAAGAAAUGGUGAAUUGAUAUUUUUUGGAGUUGAAGAUAGCAUUUAUCUUCAAAAGCAAUUGCCUUUAGGAGUCUCAUUUUGUACACAAAAAUAAUGAUUGAGAUCGACAUUCUUCUUUUAAA